AUUUCUGACUGCUGUGAUAUUUUUUUAUUUCUCUUUUUUAUAUUGUUCUAUAUCCUUUGCAGAGUGAUCUCAGGCCUAUUGGGAAAAAGGUUCUUCCAUCCGAUAUAAAUAGUGGAAGAACUGAGAAGUUUGAGGGUCCAUGUGUCCUCCAGCUGCAGAAGGUGAGAAACGUCUCGGCUCCCAAAGACCAUGAGGAGUCCCAAGGUGCUCCGAGAAUGCUGCGCCUCCAAAUGACAGAUGGGCACACCACCUGUGUUGGACUGGAGCUGAAACAUCUGUCCAAAAUCAGCCUGAAUACACCCCCUGGGACGAAGGUGAAGCUUGUUGGUACAAUUCAAGUUAAAAACGGUAUUUUGCUGCUCGACGACUCAAACAUUCACGUCCUUGGGGGAGAGGUGGAUCACAUGGUGGAGAAAUGGGAGCUACAAAGGAGUUUGGCCAAACACAGCAGGAGUAACAUUGGAGCAGAAGGUGGACCUCCACCCUUCGUGCCAUUUGGUCAGAGGUGUGGAAGAAAGGAUGAUAUCGACAGCAGAGAACUCGACCAGAGAAAAACCCUGCAGACUCAGAAUGUGAUCAAAACCGCAGAUGAGAAUGAUGAGUUUGAAAAGCAGCGGACGGCAGCUAUAGCUGAAGUUUCCAAGGCCAAAGAGGGCCCUCGCACAUUUGGUGGUGGAGGAAAUGCAGGGAGUAAUUUAUCCACUGCAGCAUCCUUCUCUCGAAGCAGAGACUCUUACCAGCAGAGGAGGAGAGAAGAAAAGGCAGAAAGAACCGAAAGCCGAGCAGAUGGAAACUAUAGAGAGCUGGUGGAUGAACGUGCUCUGAGAGACAUCAUGGAGAUGGGCUUUAACAGGGAGGCUGCCCGACAAGCUCUGAUGGAUAAUAAUAACAACCUUGAAGUAGCACUAAACAGCCUUCUGACCGGAUCUUCCGGUGGCAGACCUGGCUCAGCGGUCCCUGAACCUAACAGGACACAACCCAGAGGCAGAGGGAGAGGCAGAGGCAGGUCGAGAAAUGAAGAUGAGGAGGUUGGAGCAGGGGGGAGACCGUCUGGACCAAGCACUCUGUUUGAUUUCCUGGAGUCCAAGAUGGGGGCUUUCUCCAUUGAUGAGCCAAAGUCUCAGGCACCACAGAGGCAGCAUGAGAGCAAAAGUCAUUUCUCCAACUCAAAUUAUUACGCCAAAGAAACAUCCCAGACCAAGUUCUCACACAGUGACUACAGACAGCAGAGGAAUGACAGACCACCUCGCUUUCACAGGGACACAGAUUUCCCCAAACCGGGCCAGGAGCCGGCCUCAAACUCUGCUCCAGCCCAUCAGUGGAAGGGCCAGGAGAAAUGGCCACGAAACACAUCAGAGCGAGCGCAGAACGACAGGAGAGAAAUCAGAGAAGAACAGAAUGUUCCCUCUGCCAUUAUGGCUCCUCUCACACAUUUAAAAGAAUCUCAGCAGCAGACUGACUUUAGUGGAGCUUACCACCAGCAGUCGCGAAAUGGGAACAGUGGUAAUAUGUCCGGACCGCCUCACAGGAGAGGGGUGAAAGAAAAUGUACCCGCCUCUAAACAGAGCAAUUCAGCAGGCGGAGAAAUAGAUGGAAGAGGAAAUUAUAAACGCUCAGACAGAAACGAAGAGGCCAACAACAACAGGAGAAAAGGGAGAAGCGAGCGGCCAAACUCGGACUAUUUUGACAGACAAAGAGACGGUGGACCGUUGAACUUCAACCCAAGAGGAGGAAGCUCUGGAGCUUCACAGGAAGUUGGAAUAACAGAAUCCUCCCGAACUCUUACUGGGGAUCCUUCCCACUUCCAAAACGGGGACGUGGAGCAUAAACGGACUGGGCCCAUCAAGCCAAUAGCCUCCUUUCCUCAAAACAGGGAGCACCAACCCAAGAAGAACGCUCCUAAUAACCAGGGAUCUAAAAGGAGACAGGGGCAAGGCCGAGGUCAGGGAUCCAGAGGAACAGAAAAAGGUUACGUCUCUGAACAUAUGUGGAAACCUGGAGACGCCUGCCUGGCUCUGUACUGGGAGGACAACAAGUAUUAUCAUGCCAGGAUAGACGCUGUGCAUCCGUCCGGCUCUACGGCUGUAGUCGUGUUUAGCGAUUAUGGAAACUGUGAAGAAGUCCUCCUGCAUAACAUCAGACCUGUUCCCGAAGACAUGAUGCAGGAGGAAGAUGACGGUUACUAUGACAGUUCACUGGAGUUUCGCCGUGGGGGUGAUGGACAGCCGAGACGCUCGAGGCCUACGCAGCAGUACUACCAGCCGCCCAGGGCGCGUGAUUGAUGUUUCUGUGUUUACACUGACAGUGUUCUCGUCCCUAAUGGCUCAACUUUCUGCAAGAAUCUAGAGUGCUUCCUGAACUUUUAAGCAUCAACACCCGAAGGACUAACUUUUCAAAGGGCUUGCACAUGAUGCAAAAAUACAAAAAAAAAAUCACAUAAGCUCCAAUUUCUUUUGUCAAAGACAUAUCUACUGUAUAUGUUUUAAAUAUUUGUUAAAUGGAUGCAUCCAA